CACCCGCCCCCCGCGGGGGAGGUCAGGCCCCGCCCCGCGGCGCUCGCCCCGCCCCGGCCGGUCCGCUGCUCUCCCGGCGCGGGGCGGGGGCCGGCGGGGAAGCGAGGUCGGCGCGCAGCUCCCGCUGCGGGUCCUCGGGCGCUGUCCAGGCGGAGCCGGCCCGGCCCGGGCUGCAGCCAUGAGACAGGGGGUCAAAGAGAAAGGGAAAGGAGCAAGCCAGACAGCUGGAUUACAACAAGCGCAUCGAGACCAGGCUGUUUCUGUGUUGAGGACUUGGCCUGGCAGAUAAAAUUAGACCUAGAGCUGGCCGACAAAGCGUCUGAAUCGUGGGACAUGGACCGUCCGCUGGGCUGUCCAGGCAGCUCUGUCCCUGAGGACAGGCCUGAAGCUGGGAUCAGGCACUUCCUGGAGGACACAGAUGAUAAAGAACUGAACAAGUUCGUGAAGGAUUUCCCAGGAAGCGACACCUGCCAUCAGCGAGAGGCCAGGCCCCGGGUGGUUCGGCCCCGGCAGGAGCCAAAGCCCCAUGCUCCUGACUUCUGCGAGGAUGACCCGGAGCUCAGAACCCCCUCGUGGCCCCAGCCCUGUGACAACCAGCAGCACUUCUGUGCCCCAGCCCCCCACAGCCCCUCAGCCCGACCCCGCAGCCCAUGGGGCAAGCUCGAUCCCUAUGAUUCCUCUGAGGAUGACAAGGAGUAUGUGGGCUUUGCGACCCUUCCCAACCAAGUCCACCGGAAGUCUGUGAAGAAAGGCUUUGACUUUACCCUCAUGGUGGCAGGAGAGUCUGGUCUGGGAAAAUCCACCCUUGUCAACAGCCUCUUCCUUACCGAUCUGUACCGGGACCGGAAGCUGCUCAGUGCUGAAGAGCGCAUCAUGCAAACUGUGGAGAUCACUAAACACGCAGUGGACAUUGAAGAAAAGGGUGUGAGACUGCGGCUCACCAUUGUGGACACACCAGGUUUUGGGGAUGCGGUGAACAACACAGAGUGCUGGAAGCCAGUGGCAGAGUACAUCGACCAGCAGUUUGAGCAGUAUUUCCGAGACGAGAGUGGUCUGAACCGCAAGAAUAUCCAAGACAACAGGGUGCACUGCUGCCUCUACUUCAUCUCGCCCUUCGGUCAUGGGCUCCGGCCACUGGAUGUGGAGUUCAUGAAGGCCCUGCACCACCGGGUUAAUAUUGUGCCCAUCCUGGCGAAGGCGGACACACUGACACCUCCUGAAGUGGAGCGCAAGAAAUGCAAAAUCCGGGAAGAGAUUGAACACUUUGGGAUCAAGAUCUACCAGUUCCCAGACUGUGACUCUGAUGAGGAUGAGGACUUCAAAUUACAGGACCAAGCCCUAAAGGAAAGCAUCCCAUUUGCUGUAAUUGGCAGCAACACCGUGGUAGAGGCCAGAGGGCGGCGUGUUCGGGGCCGUCUCUACCCCUGGGGCAUCGUCGAAGUGGAAAACCCUGGGCACUGCGACUUUGUCAAGCUGAGGACAAUGCUGGUGCGUACUCAUAUGCAGGACCUGAAGGAUGUGACGCGGGAGACGCAUUAUGAGAACUACCGGGCACAAUGCAUCCAGAGCAUGACACGUCUGGUGGUGAAGGAGCGGAACCGCAACAAACUGACCCGAGAGAGUGGUACCGACUUCCCUAUCCCCGCUGUCCCGCCAGGGACAGAUCCAGAAACUGAGAGACUGAUCCGAGAGAAAGACGAAGAGCUGCGGAGGAUGCAGGAGAUGCUGCAUAAAAUCCAAAGACAGAUGAAGGAGACCCAUUAGCUGGCUUUCAAUCCGGAUAUUUAAAUAUACUCUUGAUCCUGCCUAUGCCGGCCCCUCCCAGCACCAGCUCUGCUCAGGCCCCUACAGCUACUGCCACUUCGCCUUAUAUCCCUGCUGCCUCCCCAGAGACUCAGAGGAAAUAAAGUUUAACAAAUCUCUA